AUGCGGCCUCCGGAGAUGUCAUAUAGUCCUGCCUACCACCAAGGCCAGGACCCCCUCGGCGCGGCAGCUCGCAAUUCGAUCAUCGCCCCGCUGCCAGAUCGAUCUUUGGGACCCCCCGACUCCAGUUAUCCAGCUGCUUGGCGGCCCUCUGUCGACGGCACGCCCUACGAGGGGAGUCCUCGAUCCUCUGGUCCGCGGAGAUCCCUCGCCCAAUCGCCUGAAGCUUCACGGCGCUCGUCCCGGGUCGACAACGAGUCUCCCGUGACUCGCGUGGUGGUGUCGGGUGGCGUGAUACACAAAGAAGAGCACUCCCGUGGUAGCUGGGCCGACCAGCCCUCGUUGAUGUCGGCCGAUCACUCGGGCACACCUCGCACGCAAAAGCGAGGCGGUCCCGUGGAUAUACCUGCGGUGGAUAGUCAAGAUGCACUACUUAUGAUCUUCCGACUCUCCGUCCCCGUCCCAAUGUACUCAUUCGGCGCCUGCCUGUACACAUUCUUCGCCCUGAUCUUCGCCCUCCUCAUCUCUCCUCUUCGCCUCUGCCCUCCUACACCAUACCUCCGCAAUACCUCCUUCAAGUCGCAGCUAUGCGACCUCCUCUCUCCAGCCCUCCAUAUCCACGAGCGCCUCGUGCGCAUGCGCCCACCAUCAUCACACCGUUCCUCCUCCACACAAUGGAUCCACUCCGAGAUCGACUCCGACCACCCCUCAGCGCUGGCCGAGACAAAUCGAUACUACACCAUUGGCAUGUCCAUCCUGGUGCUCACACUGUCGCCCUUUUUCAGCAUCGCCAUAUUGCUAUUCGCAUGGACAGCCGCAUUCUUCUGGGUCUUCACCAUGGUCAUGGGCAAUCCAGACGGGACAGAGCGCAAAGACGACGGCCGCGCCGCUGUUCUCGGCGUCUGCAAAUGGUGGCAGACAUGGCUGGGUAAGGCGCGGAAGUUGUCAUAA